AUGAUGAAGUUAUAAUUAAUAAAUUUUAACAACGAGGGAAGGUGUUGUAGUACUUUUGGAUAUAUUUUUUAAAAAUGAAGUAUACCGUUAUACUUUUGUUGUGUGUUUCGCUUGCACAAGUAAAGCUAGAAGAUGAUGAUCAUGGACAUGGACAUGAACAUGGAGACGAAAGAGAACAUCUAAUGGAUAAGAUUGCUGAGCAUCUAAAAACAAGUACAAAGUCCCCAGAAAACCACACAGUGUUUACAUACAAAGACAUUCAAAAAUUGUUUACAGGUUUAAACUUUAAAAAUUGUUCCAAUUCAAGAAGUUCUAAUGCUUCAUGUAACCUGUGUCUAACCCCAAAAGACUUCUUAAAAUGGUAUAAAUAUGACGAAAAUGUAACACUAAGCGAAGAACAAUUCAGAGAAUCCCUUGCAGGAGUCUUGUACUUUUUAAUUUCCGAUGUUGUUUCAAGAACAGACAAUUACAGUGGUGUCGUGUGCAAAACAUUCAACUCGUCGAUAACAAACGGGACAUCGACUUUGUUUACUGUUUUUGUGACAAAAUAUGGUGGUGAUAAUGGUAAACUAAACGAAAAAAGUUUGGAAAAGAUUCUCGAAGAUGUUAAUAAAACGAUCGGACACGAAUUAUCGUCCAAAAAGUGUUUUUCUGCUCAUGAAGUACAAAAAGAAGCUAGUAACAUAUCGAAAACAGUUAUAAGUGAACAUGAAUUUGAAUAUGCUACUGCUUAUAUCAUUCUAAAAUUGCUCAAGAAAUCCUGUAUAAAAGAAGACGUCAGUCCAUUACCUGAGAAAGGUUUUUUUGCAGAACAGAUAUUUCAUGAAUUUGGUAACAAAACUCACUUAACACAUAAAAAUUUUGAGGAAUUAGUUGAGAAAUUGAAUCUGGGAAAAGUAAAGAAUUCGUCAGUUGUCCCAGAUAAACACCAUGACCAUCGGAAAAGACGAUCAACAGAAACAGGGCAUGACCAUGAUGAGCACAGUGCCAAAUCUUCAGCAUAUGCAAAAAAAUGUUACUCUGGUGAAGACAUGUUAUCCAUCUUUUCUGUGCCAGAAGGUUCGUUAAUAAACAAAGCAAAGUUUGAAAAAAUGUGUCCAGCUUUAAUCCAGCAAAUAGAAAGUGGUGCAUGCAAUGUUGCAGCAAAGAAUACAACAACUACAAAGAAAGAAGACAAAGAAGAAGAUAAGUGGCAACCAUGGAUUGGAGCAUUAAUUGCAACUUUCAUUGUAUCUUUGGGAUCUCUGUCAGGAGUUUUGGCUGCUCCACUAUCAAAGAAAAAAUGGUUUCCACUCCUGAUAAUGUAUCUUAUUGCACUUGCUGUGGCUGUGUUAAUUGGUGAUGCAUUGCUGCAUUUAUUUCCUCAUUCCCUCGGUUUGCAUGGUCACGAGGAAGGUGAAAGUCACGACCAUGGUGGUGAAAAUGAAGCCUUGAAAUCAAACAGUUUUGUGUGGAAAAGUAUGGUCUUUUUAGCCGGUGUUUUUUCGUUUUUCACAUUUGAAAUACUCAUGCACGCGUUUAGUGGACAUUCCCACUCACAUGGACCUGAUGGUAUGACAUCUCUGGAGGAAACACAUAAGCAUGCAGGAAGAAUGAAUUCGUUGAGCAAAGAGCCAACCAAGGGAACACUGCAGAUGUCUGAAGACGCUGUUUUUACAAAUCGAAAUCGGACUGAAUCUAUUGUCAUUAAUACUCCAGCUGGAAUACAUGAGUGCGCCAAUGAAAAAGAGUAUAAUAUAACUGUUGAAUACCAGCAAAACUACAAUAAUGGCUCCGUCAACUUUAAAAACAACAGCGAUGGGAAAAGUAGUUUAGUAUCUCCGUCUAAGAAGAACUCUAUAAAGAAUUUCAAAUCAGUUGUAUGGAUGGUUUUAAUUGGAGAUGCAAUCCAUAAUUUCUUGGAUGGAAUUGCAAUUGGUGUAGCCUUUACUGAAACAUGGCCGUCAGGUUUACAUGGUGGUAUAAGCACAUCUAUUGCAAUUUUCUGUCAUGAAUUACCACAUGAACUUGGUGAUUUCGCCAUUUUAUUGUCGUCUGGUCUCAGCAUUAAGCAAGCCCUUUUAAUGAAUUUUAUCUCCUCACUGACGGCGUUUGCUGGAGCGACUGUUGGUGUACUGCUCGGUACCACGUGGAAUGCUAUGCCUUGGUUAUUUGCAUGCACAGCUGGCUUGUUUGUCUACAUUGCUUUGGUAGAUAUGUUACCAGAAAUUUUGCACAGUGCGUUGUUGAAGGUGCGACCGUGGACUUGCAUUGGUUUGCAAAUGUUCGGUCUAUUGACAGGUUGGCUUAUCAUGUUUUGUCUGGCAGCAUGGGAGGAAGAUAUCAAAUCUGCUAUCAAGUAAAUCUGCUGGUUGGUUGCACUUGAUCACAUUUGCUAUCACAAAGUUGCUGGAUAUUUUAACGAAUCAAAUUUCCCGUUUUCUGUUGGUUUUAUCUAGCGCCGUAUUUUUAUAUAAAGACUAUGUAUUUUGUUGUGUUUACGUCGCUACAGUAGUUAACUUUGUAAUUCAUAUAUUUAGAGGAAUAUUAUAUAAUUAUUUAGCUUGCAAAGCUUGCCGUUUAUACAUUAUUUUUCUCCAGUAGAAAAUCAUGUUUUACAACUCCUUUUUUUGUCAAUAAUAAGCUUUCAAAAGCAUCGCUGUGAAUAUGUCUGUAAAGAUUUUUUUUAUCUUUUUCAUAAGAAACAAAUGAGAAAGUUCAUAUGCGACAAUUGUAAUUGGUUUGUUGUACUCAUAAAUAUAAGAAAGCUAUAUUUAAUUCUUUUGUUUCGUUUUUAGAAGCCAUGAAUUUGAUUAACGUUUUAUGACUAAUUUUUUUGCGAAUAGCGUUUUGUAGAAAGUUUCAUUAGUACUAAUUUUUGCGAUUUUUGAGUGAGUGGUAUGACUUUUGAUACUUGACUUUUGUUAAAAUAUUUUACUGAUAUUAUAAUGACACACUACGUUCAACCUAGCCAUAUUAUCAAAAUCUUUGUUACAAUGAAUAAGUUUUGUUUAAAAUCACCUCAAUGUUCUUAAAAAUAACAUUGAUACAAGAUUUUUUUUAAAAAUCGAAGACGUUACAGCCAUUCCCACACAACGAUAUGGAUAGAUAUAGGCUGUCGAGAAAAUUUUGUUGUUGUGUAUUUUUGAUUGUAUAUAAUGUGUUUGUUUUUAUUUAAUAGUAGACGUACAGGGUGCAGUUCUAAUAGAAAUAAAAAUAGGAACAA